CGUGAGGAACCCAAAAUCUGAAAGUAACCAAAACGUGAAACGACAGUGAACAAUAAACAUUGCAUUCCACAUUGUUUAACUAUGGGAAAAACGUCGAAAGAUAAACGAGAUAUUUAUUAUCGACGAGCGAAAGAAGAAGGAUGGAGAGCAAGGAGCGCUUUCAAAUUGCUUCAAAUAGAUAACGAGUGUCAUAUUUUAGAUGGGGUUAACAAAGCUGUGGAUCUGUGUGCUGCACCUGGUAGCUGGAGUCAGGUUUUAUCACGAAGAUUAAACGAGAAUUACAAAAAAGCUUUGGAAACAGGAAAUGCAACGCCUCCAAAAAUAGUUGCGGUUGAUUUACAAGCGAUGGCACCAAUAGAAGGGGUGAUUCAAAUUCAAGGAGACAUUACCAACAUUAACACUGCGAAGCAAAUUAUUUCUCAUUUUGACAAUGAACAGGCUGAUUUGGUAGUCUGCGAUGGAGCACCAGAUGUUACAGGUUUACACGAUAUGGACAUUUAUAUCCAAUCUCAAUUAUUACUAGCAGCUCUAAACAUUACUACUCAUAUACUAAGGAAAGGAGGCACGUUUGUAGCAAAAAUAUUUAGAGCUAAGGAUGUGACGUUACUAUAUGCUCAGUUAAAGAUAUUUUUCCCCUAUGUUUAUUGUACAAAGCCUAGCAGUUCUCGCAAUUCUAGCAUUGAAGCAUUUGUAGUCUGUAAAGAUUAUUCACCACCUGAAGGUUACGAACCUCAUAUGCUGAAUCCUCUCUUGACUCAUGAGCCGUGUGAUUUUAAUGAGCUUACAGGAGUUAACAGAGUUAUUGUUCCAUUCGUUGUAUGUGGUGAUCUUAGUCAACCCGAUUCUGAUACGUGUUAUCCACUGGAUUUUGAAGGGAAGGAAUACACAUAUCAUGAGCCAGUACAAACACCGAUUGCACCACCAUACGAAGAAGCAUUGUCUCUAUUGGAGGACAGAGAUACCGAUUUUAGAAGAUUCGAUGUUAAUGUAGUAGUAGAUAAUCUAAAUUCCAUGACCAUUGCAGACUUUAAAAAGCAAGCGAAGCAGAAAAAUAAGGAGACAAAUGAAAAUAAGGUGACCAAGCUACAAGACAGCAAAAACGAUGAUAACAGCGAAGAUAUAUUGGGUCUUGACCAAUUAAUGUCUGCCCAAUUAUCUAAUGAAUCUGAUAAUAAAGAUAAUACGACGUAAAAAUUUGCGUGUUAUUUUAUAUUUUUUAAUUUGAUAAAUUACUUUUUUAAACAUGUUGUAACAUUCUGUAAAUAUAUCAUUGAUUCCGUA